GGCGACACCGCCAAACCUCACCCAGAGUCAGGCGUGUAAAGCAGCCGGAGCGGCGGCAGCGGUAGCGACAGGAUAGCCGUGGCGCCGGUACUAAGUAUUGACAAAUUUGCAUCAUGCGUGAGUAUAAGCUAGUCGUUCUUGGCUCAGGAGGUGUUGGAAAGUCUGCUCUGACUGUACAAUUUGUUCAAGGGAUUUUUGUUGAAAAAUAUGAUCCUACGAUAGAAGAUUCUUAUAGAAAGCAAGUUGAAGUAGAUGCACAGCAGUGUAUGCUUGAGAUCUUGGAUACUGCAGGAACGGAACAAUUUACAGCAAUGAGGGAUUUGUACAUGAAGAAUGGACAAGGCUUUGCAUUAGUUUAUUCAAUCACAGCACAGUCCACAUUUAAUGACUUACAAGACCUGAGAGAACAGAUUCUUCGAGUUAAAGACACUGAUGAUGUUCCAAUGAUUCUGGUCGGUAAUAAGUGUGACUUGGAAGAUGAAAGAGUUGUAGGAAAGGAACAAGGUCAAAAUCUAGCAAGACAGUGGAACAACUGUGCAUUCUUAGAGUCUUCUGCGAAAUCAAAAAUAAAUGUUAAUGAGAUCUUUUAUGACCUAGUGCGGCAAAUUAACAGAAAAACUCCAGUGCCUGGGAAGCCUCGCAAAAAGUCAUCAUGUCAGCUGCUUUAAUAUACUAAAUGCAUUGUAGCUCUGAGCCAGGUCUGAAGAACUGUUGCCCAAUUCAACAGUGCCAGCAUUCCAACUUUGUUAAACCUACCAACAUCUUAAAUGGACUUUCCUGUGGUGGUACCCUUUAAGAGGCAGAUGAAAGCUACUAUAUCAGUUUGCACAUUCUAAUCACUUUCCAGUAUCACAAGAGAUUUUUACUUAUAUAAUAGUCCUUGAGUAUGCAGCUGGUAAAACCAGACGCUACACCCAGUAUUACUGCUAAGAGACAUUCUUCAUCCACCAAUGUUGUACAUGUAUGAAAAUGGUGUACUGUAUACUUUAACAUGCCCCAUACUUUGUAUUGGAGAGUACAAUAAUGUAAAUCCUGAAAGCACCACUAUUUUAGCAUAAUAAAAGAAAGUCCAAAGAGCUCC